UGGCAGUGCAUUACCAUUUGAAGGUGAAUUCAGUUGUGAUGUUACGAUUGGUGGGAGAACCCACCGACAGCUCAUCCGUGUUUCUGAGAAGCAGCUACGACUCCUUGGGUCUGAUGUGGUAGACAGUUUCGGACUAUGGUCAGUUCCGAUGGACGCUUUCUGCAACCAUGUUUCGAGUUCGUCUAAUUUUGGUUCUUCGUUCGAGUCUGAGUUUCCGAGCGUUUUCACCGACAAGCUGGGUUUAUGUACGAAGACUAAAGUGAAAUUGGAACUGAAAGAAAAUUGCAAGCCUGUUUUCCGUCCAAAACGUCCGGUCGCAUAUGCCAUGUACGAUGCUGUAGAUUGUGAACUAGAUCGGUUGGAGCAGUUGAAGGUUAUAACACCGGUAGAUUAUUCGGAAUGGGCUGCUCCAAUCGUCGUCGUCCGUAAAGCGAAUGGUACAGUUCGCAUUUGUGGUGACUACUCUACGGGACUCAAUGCCGCUCUCCAGUCUCACCAGUAUCCUCUCCCUUUACCUGAAGACAUUUUUUCGAAACUGGCUAACUGUAGAGUCUUCAGUCAAAUAGAUCUUUCCGAUGCAUUUUUACAAGUGGAAGUCGACGAAGAAUUUCGAAAUUUUCUUACCAUCAACACACAUCGCGGGUUACACCACUACAAUCGUCUGCCGCCAGGUGUGAAAGUUGCCCCAGGUGCAUUCCAGCAAAUUAUAGAUGCCAUGCUAGCUGGACUUGGGGGUUGUUCUGGCUACCUCGAUGACGUAGUAGUAGGUGGUCAAAACGAGCAGGAACAUAACCGCAAUUUGAAAGCUGUUUUGCAGCGAAUUCACGAGUUUGGGUUCACUAUCAAGGCCGAGAAGUGUUCGUUUGGCCGGAAUCAAAUCCGGUAUCUCGGUCAUAUCAUCGAUUCCAGUGGGUUACAACCAGAUCCUGCCAAAAUCGAAGCUAUUGUCAAGCUGAAACCACCCACAGACGUUUCUGGUGUGCGCUCUUUUCUGGGGGCAAUAAAUUAUUAUGGGAAGUUUGUCCCGAACAUGCGGAAGUUGCGAUAUCCCCUAGAUAAUCUGCUUAAGACAGAAACAAAAUUUCUCUGGACACCAGAAUGUCAAGCUGCAUUUGAUCAAUUCAAAGCUUUCCUUUCAUCAAACCUUUUACUCACACACUAUGAUCCGAGGAAAGAGAUAAUCGUUUCUGCUGAUGCUUCAUCCGUUGGUCUAGGAGCCACCAUCAGUCACAGGUUCCCCGACGGCUCUAUCAAAGCUAUUCAACACGCUUCUAGGGCGCUGACUAAAGCAGAGCGCAACUACAGCCAACCAGAUCAAGAGGGUCUGGCAAUCAUCUUCGCAGUAACGAAAUUUCAUAAGAUGAUCUUCGGGAGACAUUUUCGUCUGCAGACUGACCAUGCCCCGUUGCUAAGAAUUUUUGGUUCGAAAAAGGGGAUUCCGGUUUAUACGGCCAACCGGUUACAACGUUUUGCGCUCACAUUACUUCUCUACGAUUUUGAGAUCGAAUACGUUCCAACAGCCAAGUUCGGGAAUGCAGAUGUUCUCUCUCGAUUGAUAGACCAACACCACAAAUCUGAAGAGGACUACGUCAUUACCAGUGUCAUAAUUGAGGAAGAUGUGAAGUCAGUAGCAUUGGAUUCAAUCAGUGCGUUGCCUCUCAGUUUUAACGUUGUAGCUCAGAGCACUCAAGCAGACGCAACGCUUCGCAAAGUUUGCCGAUAUUUGACGAACGGUUGGCCAAAUGCGUAGCUCGACGAUCCCGAACUCAAGCGUUUUCAGGACAGGCAGGAUUCGCUCACAGUAGUGGAUGGCUGCAUUCUUUUUGCGGACAGGCUUGUGAUUCCAUCGCAACACCGGAACCGGUGUCUUGCUCAGCUACACCAAGGUCAUCCAGGCAUGCAGAGGAUGAAGGCCAUUGCGCGUAGCUACGUCUAUUGGCCCACCUUGGAUAGUGACAUAGUUGGAUACGUGAAAGCAUGUCAACACUGCGCAUCCGUAGCCAAAUCAGCUCCACAUAGUACUCCGGUUCCGUGGCCGAAAACAUCAAAACCCUGGCAGCGGAUUCACGUAGACUACGCAGGACCAAUCGAAGGAGAUUAUUACCUCCUUGCCAUAGACGCAUUUUCUAAGUGGCCAGAAAUUAUAAAAACUGGUCGCAUUACUUCUGCUGCAACGAUUGGCAUUCUCCGGGGCCUUUUUGCUCGCCUUGGAAUGCCAGAAACACUGGUUACCGACAACGGAACACAGUUCACAAGUGCCGAUUUCUCCAAUUUUUGCACAAUGAAUGGCAUCGAACACCUCACGACAGCUCCGUUCCAUCCUCAAUCAAAUGGGCAAGCGGAGAGAUUUGUUGACACAUUCAAACGAGCCAUAAAGAAGAUUCACAAUCGCACAAUCGCAGAAGCUUUAGACGUUUUUCUGCUCACCUAUCGCAGCACGCCGAAUUGUUCUUUACCGGAGGACAAAUCACCGUCUGAGAUAAUGUUCGGUCGUAAAAUCCGGACGUGUUUGCAUCUACUUCGUCCUCCAGUUGUUCAAGUUCCAGAUCAGCUAGUGAGUAAUCAGAAAGGCUUCAAGAAGAACGAUACGGUGUAUGCGAAAGUUUUUUCGAAGAACCGCUGGAAAUGGGUUCCAGGCAUCAUCAUCGAACGAAUUGGACAGGUGAUGUACAACGUUUGGGUAGAACAUAGAAAUAUGCUGCGCUCCCACCUCAUUCAACUGCGUAGCCGAACCGUAGACCCACUGUCAACGAAGCGGUCAGAUUCCCUUCCAGAGCAGUCUCUACCACUGAACGUGUUGCUGGAAGCAUGGAAUAUGAAAGAACCAGCAAAACCGACACCUGAAUCGACGGUAUUGCAGCAUGUUUCAACACAGCAUUCAAGUUCUGCAACGGGACUCUUGAGUUCCGAUCGAACGCUGCAAAAUAUACCGGCGGGGCGUGUUUCUUCAACUCCGCGGCAUGAUAUGUCGCCUCCAUUGGAGUCAAGUCCUGCACCUUUGUCCUCACCGUCGACAUCAUCAACGGAAUCCAACGAUUAUGAAUCGGCGAUUGAGGCUCAACCGAUGGUACCUCUACCUCGGCGGUCUUCAAGGAUCCGAAGACCCCCGCAGUGGUUUGACCCGUACCAUCUCUAUUGAAGAGGGAGAUGUUGUAGACAACAGAUCGACUGGCAACUAUGCUGAUAACCUGUGGCUCGACCUGACAGUUCUAGCUGUGAGCGCUCCGAUGUCAACAAGAGGAAUAAAAGACAGAAGGGAUAAUUAUUUUUGUUAUGAUGUUUUAUGUAACACUGUUGUUCUUUUUAAUCUGUUAUUAAAUGUAGUUAUAAUCGUUAGUUUGUGUUUCAAUUCAAUGUCAAGAAACACACGGCGUAACAGGGGCGAUUCAUAAAUUAGGUGAACAUAAAAUCGUCUAGUGAGGGCAAGUUAAGAAAAAAGUUUUUCGUUGCUUUCAAUCCCUUGUUUGCUCUAUUGCGUCUGCCUGUUAUCGUGAUUGUUUAUAUGAUUGUUAGCGAAAAUUUAAAAAAAUCGCUACUGGAUUUGUUCUCUGCAUGAACCAUUAUGAUCUUACAAGGAACCUGUGUUUUGUCCUAACAGAAAAUAUGAAAAAUUGCACAUAUUUUGUGCGCAUCAAAUUAUUACAUAUAAUAUUGUCGGCCGAUAACAUACUUUCACAUAUAGUUUGCGACUUUUAAAGAAGAAGCACCUUAUCUUUCCCCACUAAUUUCAAGAAUUUCAAGAAUGAAAAUCCAAGAAUCAAAAAAUCUCCUAUCCAAUCUAACGAUAUCAAUGAAUAGUUGUCUAUUGAUGUUGGGUUCCAGCUAACAUUCUAUUUUGAUCUUAAUACCGCUGAUCGAAAGAGCGAAAGAACGGCUCAAAAGAAGUGAUUCACUUACUGAACCUUGACUGAACCGUUCAUCAAAGUGAACUAUUUUGUCCUAGGUAGUGCGGACUGAAUCAAAACGGCUGUCAAAAAAGAUCCAAUGAUCAUGAGUGUUAUUUUUCUUAUAAAAUAAUGAAUAUAAUUAACACUAUGAAAAAGGUAUUGUUACCAAAGGCAAAAAUAAUUAAACUUAUACAAUGAUACACAUAUAACUUAUUAAACGUGCUCUUUAUUUAUUUGCGGUAUUUGUUCGGAAGAUUAUUGUUUAUUGAGGAGUAUCCCAGCAAUCAUAAAUCGUAUAACCAGCGUAUAUACAGCAAAAUAUAUCCCAAAUUUAAGGUGGUAUAUGAUGCUCCUGACCAGGGUUACCAAAUCUACAGAAUAAUUUGCAUUUAUACAGAUUUUUUGAAGUUUUUAAAACCAAGAAUCUGUACAAACAGAUUAUAGAUUUUCGGGAUUUCAUACAGAAUUUACUGAUUUUGAAAGAUAAGGUUCCAAUUUUAUAGAACAACCAGCUGACCCGGCAAACGUUGUUCUGCCAUAUAAAUUACGUCUAGUGAAUAUUUUGACUGUUGAAUAAAAAAUAACUAAUGUAUUGCAAUACAUGUACAUACAUGUAUUGCAAUACAUGUGUGUUCAAAUGUUUCAACGAUCUAUAAAAUUAAUUGAUUAUGAUCGAUGAAGGACAGAUUCCACGUGGAUAUCGAGCAGAUACGUGAAGAUUUGACCGUGUAUUGCAUUGGACCGUGGGAACUUCCCGAACCUGAGUGUGAUGUGGAGAUGGAGUUGAGAUCUAUGAUGUACAGAGAAAUGGACCGGAUCGAUCGGAUCUCAGGAUUCGUCUUUUGCAUUCAGAAACCUGAUCAUUCGUGCUAUGAAAUGUAGCAACCUUGCCUCGGCGCAAAAUAAACUUCAAAAUAAGUAAUCCGUAUUCGUGGAGCAAUUUAAUCUGUAUCAGAUUAGCAGACGCGAAAAUAAUUUUAAAUUGCUUAAAUUUGAAUGAAAAUCAUUACUCAAUGUUGUUUAAAUACUUAGAAAACAGUCCGAACUUAACGAUUCUUCUAUAAAUCUUGUAUACAUCCAGCAACAUGUUGGACGAAAUACGUGUAACUUUGUAAUAGAGCCCAUUAAAGACUGCAUCUCUCUUGUUUGAACAUACGUUCUGUCGUCUGAGCAAAGGCUGUGUAGGCGUUACUCAUGAUAGCGUCUUGCUAUCAUUCCUCGAACCGCUUCUGUUGAUUGUCGUUCGCUCUCUACCUUUGCGAAUAUGUUGACCAUGGUUUAUUGACACAGCUCAAGACAUCCUAGAAUGACGAUGUCCUAACUGCGCCAAUUCAUCAAACGACACACAUAAGAAUCCAUCGAGGGCACUCUUUUGACGUAGGAUUACGUCUUUCGGGAACAUAUUGGGGUACAAAUUGAAAAUCGAAAAUCGAGCACAUUGUGAGAAUUGUCCAAUUUCAAACGCUUAUUGCUCAGUCAUUUCAUGAUGGAUUGAUGAAAUUAUCGCUUCAAUCGAUUUCGACACUUCAUAACUAUUUUUUAUAUUGAACAAAAUAAUAUAUGUCAUGAAACUAACUAUUGAACAAUUGGAAAAUCUCAACCCCUAUCCUAACGGAAAUACCCACUUCUGAUUGGUCGAAAUUGA